UAUAAAGAAGUCAUAACUCUUCAAAAUGUUAAAAAAUAGUGCUCUUGAGACCGAUAUGACAAUAAACUCCCAUACAAUGGAUGAAGAAUGUGAGCUAGACGUCAUUAUAGAACCAGAUUUCAUCAGCGAAUCGUCGUCUGAUGACGAAACUGAAUCAUCAGCUGACAAUAUGAGCGACUAUUAUUAUGAUAAUAUCAUAGCGGAGUCACUUGCGGACAACAUGUUCAAUCUAUCGGUGGAGUCGGAUCUAGAAGACGACGACGACGACUGCGAUUUGAGCCCAUACGCCUCUUCUCGUGGACCACCAAUUCCAUUUGUAUUCAACGACUAUCCAGAAGAUGAUGCCGGAGAAAUUGAUCUCGAUUUUAAGAUAAGCAAAAUUGGAGGCUUGGAUCACGUGGCCGUGAAUAGCCCUAUGUGGUAUGCCCAAGUAAGGCCACACUUAACACAAGAAGAACGUGAGGAAUUGUGGGACAGAACUCCUUGGAACUGUCAGACAAUGAGUAACGAGUAUCAAGAGGAAGUCAGAAUGCAACAACAUUCCAGCAGCGAAGCCUCGUCCAAUGACAGAUCGGCACCUACAACUGACAAUACAAACAGAUAUUAUUAUAAAAAAGUCAUUGCGGAGUCACUUGAGAAAAAUAUGUUCAAUCUAUCAUUGGGGUUGGAUCUGGAUGAUGACGACUGUGAUCUCAGCCCAUACGCCUCUUCCCGGGGACCACCACUUCCUUUUGUCUUCAACAAUUACCUCGACAAUGAAGACGAUUCCGAAGAAUCUGGUAUCGAUUAUAAGAUAAGCAAAAUUGGGGGCUUGGAUCACGUGGCCAUGAAUAGUCCUCACUGGUAUGCCCUUGUCAGGCCACACUUAACUCUUCUAGAACGCGAGGAAUUGUGGGACAGAACUCCUUGGGCAGUAAAAUUUUAUUGGGGUGAAUCCGAUGAUACUGAUGCUGAAGAUGGAGAUCCUGUACCUUCUUCGUUAUUUAAGGAUCAAUCAAAUUUUUAAAAACUGUUG